AUGAAAGCAGCAGUUUUGCGGGAAGUUAAUCAACCGGUAACCGUGGAAGACGUGCAGGUUGACGCCCCGGCGCCCCGGGAGGUCCUGGUACGGACCGGCGCAUCCGGCGUGUGCCACAGCGAUCUGCACUUCGUCGAGGGUCUCUACACGACGCCCAUGCCCUGCAUCCUCGGCCACGAGGCGGCCGGAAUCGUGGAAGCGGUGGGUGAACAGGUUAGCUACGUGAAGCCGGGAGAUUGGGUGAUCUCAUGUCUGUCGGUGUUCUGCGGCAUCUGCGAAUACUGCACGCGCGGACAGCCCUACCUGUGCACGCGCACCGCCGUGACCCGUAGUUCGAACGAUCCGCCCCGGCUGCGCCGCGACGGUGAGGCCAUCACCCAGUUCGCCCAGCUGGGCGCCUACGCCGCGGAGAUGCUCGUCCACGAGAACGCGCUGGUGAAGGUCGACGACGACAUUCCCUUCCCGCAGUUGGCGCUCAUUGGGUGCGGCGCAACUACGGGUCUGGGCGCCGUGCUGAACACCGCCCGGGUUGAGCCGGGCAGUACCGUGGCCGUGGUCGGCUGCGGCGGCAUCGGCAUUCACUGCGUGCAGGCGGCCGCGCUGGCCGGCGCGCUGCGCAUCAUCGCCAUCGACACCACCGAGGACAAGCUCGGCCUGGCUCGGGAGUUCGGCGCCACCGACGUCAUCGACGCUACGGCCGGCAACGUCGCGGAGCGCAUCAUGGACCUGACCGACGGCGGCGUUGACUACUCCUUCGAGGCCAUCGGCCUCAAGCAGACCGCCGAAGACUGCUACAACAUGCUCCGGCCGGGCGGCAUGGCGACCAUCAUCGGCAUGGUGCCGGAAGGCGUCAAGAUCGAGCUCGACGCCGGCAACUUCCUGCGGCGGGGUCGCGCCAUCCAGGGCUGCACCAUGGGUUCCAACCGGUUCCGCACCGACAUGCCCCGGUACAUCGAGUUUUACAAGCAGGGCCGGCUGAAGCUGGACGAGCUGGUGACCCAGGAGCUGGCGCUCUCAGAGAUCAACCGGGCUUUCGCCGACAUGAAGGCGCAGAGCGUGCGCCGCAGCGUGAUCACCGAUUUCGACAACUAG